UUUACAACAAUGAUUGAAAUUGUCGAACUUGCAUAUAUAUUACGUAUAUAUUAAAUUGGGUUGAAUAGUUUGUUUUUGUGUAGUGUAACCUAUUUCUUACACAUUCAUCAAGAUAAGAUAACGUUGACAUGCAUUAUUACUGGUUCGAAGUUCGCGUGCCUUUCUUAUUACUUUGUGAUUUGUAUUUCUUCUGGCGGUACUUCCUUGUUUCUUUGUCAGUAUCAGCGUAAUGUUCGAAUCGUAUAAACGUAAUUUACGUAAUAUCUGCGAAAUUCUAUUACCACGAUUAAUGAUUUCACCGAGUUACCUUUUAAAAUUUAGGUAACUUUUUCUAUUAUAAUCACGAAGAUGCUCGACAGAAGAAUCUAUAACAACGAAACUAUUAAUCUUGUGGAACAUCAAAUUCGAAAAGAUGAAUUCGUUUUUGAAAACAGUCAAUCCUAUGACAAACAAGAGAGAUAUAUUAGUCAGAGAAUCAUUGCAAAAGCAGCUAAAUAUCACAGUGAUGGAAAUGCAAGGUGCAUCAAAAAAGGAAGGAAACAAUGCAGUUGGCAAUUGUGACGAAAGUAUGACCCUAUGUUCUGUUUUGGAAGCAAUCUUUCUACAUGGACUAAAAGACAGUCUCUUAAAUCGAGUAACAGAAGUCUUAAGUGGUCCAGAUUUCAAUGCAGUGCCACAACCAAGUUUUUGGGGUCCACUGUUAGUAUUUUCUCAUCGACAAAUCAUAGAUCAAAUACAAACAUUGAGCCAACUUACUACAGAAGUUGGAUACUGCAGAGCUUGGAUACGAUUAGCAUUAAAUGAAGGUCUUUUAUCUAGCUACCUUUGUUCUAUAAAAAGAGAUAAUUCAGCUUUAAAGCCAUAUUAUAAUAAGUAUGCAUUCAUUAGAGAUACAGACCUUGUAGAAGUUGCACAGAGACUAAUUGAAAGCUUAGAUUACAUAUGUUUUGAACUUGCAUGUAAUAGUAGUCUAUUAAAUUUUUGGUCAAAUACUCCUCUUCUACUAGCAGGUAUAUGGUCACCACCGCUGAAAUCUUGUCCAAUAUUUAGUGCAGUAGAUAUUGCAAAAACAAUAACUACAGAGUUAACAGAUGAUGACAAUAUUGACGAAGUUGAAACUGCUAGCUCUAUUGGCAGUCUAGGUUCUUUUAAUUCAUCGCAGACUGCUCUUCAUAAUGUGACUUCUAUUACAGUAGAUGAAGCUUUAAAAAUUAUAUUAGCUACUAAGGAUCCAGAUAAUAAGGAGCCAAGUAAUAAGGAAUCAGAUAAUAAGGAACCAAGUAAUAAGGAAUCAGAUAAUAAGGAACCAAAUUAUAUUGAUGUCAAUAGUUUGACCAAUGAGUCAGAAGAAAUUCCAUCUCUAAAAGUGGAAGAACUAAGUGUACGAAAAGAAGAAAAAGAAGAAAGCAAAAUUUCAAAUAGUAAUAGUCCAAACAUUGAUAUAGAAAUUAAUGCAUCUAAUGAUAUUGAAAAUUCAACAGCUGAAAAUAUUGUACAAAAUCAUGAUACUUCACAAGAUAUUGUAGCAACAGUAGGGAAUUCAUUAAUAGGAAGAUUAGGAUGGUCUACAUCAUUUGAAGAUUGUGAUUCUUCUUUAACUUCAAUGGUAAUAUCUCAUGAUUCUGGGAAAGAUGCACCUCAUACUCCAGGUGAUGGACCUACAUAUGAUGCAAUUAUUCAAAGUUACCACACUUCUGGAAGUCCAUCAGUCCCUGAUCUUGAGGAGUUGUUAAAAAAGUAUCCAAAAAAGCAGCGAUCUAAUGAUGAAAUUAAAGUUCAAUCAGAAAAUAAGGCUGUAAUAAAUUUUGAUGAACAACUAGAGAAACUUCCUAGGGAAAAAGGUUUGGAUGUACAAAAUUAUAGUUGCUUUGAAUGUGGUCAUGCAAUUGGUAUGACUUUUUCGCAAGCAUGUGUUUGUUCUUUCACUGGUAACUAUUAUUGUUCAAAAUGUAUGUCACAAAACGAAUACCUUAUUCCAUCACGAGUAAUUUAUAACUGGGAUUUAAAACUUCAUCGUGUUUGUAAGAAAGCAGCAGAAUAUAUGCAAGAUUGUCCUGCAUUACUAGACCUCAAAGUUUUAAAUCCACGAAUUUAUAUGGCUGUAGAUGUUAUGGCUCAAUUACAGUCAUUAAGAAUUCAAUUAAAUUUAUUAAGAGCCUAUUUAUUUACCUGUCGUGAACCUAUAAUUGAAUCUUUACAAAAAAAGGUUGCACCUAAGGAUUACUUAUAUGAACAUGUUCAUCAAUAUUCUGUUUCUGAUCUUUAUGAUAUACCUACGGGACUUCUUGCACAAAGGCUGCAAAAGGUAGUAGAAUUUGCAAGAAAUCAUGUUAUGAGUUGUUGGCUUUGUAGUCAAAAGGGUUUUAUAUGUGAAAUUUGUGAAAAUCCAAAAGUUAUCUAUAAAAAAAAUUGUGGAGCCUGUAAUGCAGUGUUUCACGCAAAAUGUUUAAACGCUAAUAAGCCAUGUCCCAAGUGUGAACGAAGACGUAAACGAAUAGAUCUCCCACUUUUAGAUGUAGGAUGUACAGAGUUGUCAUUGGAUGGUGAUGCAUCAACGGGUUCAGUUAAUACAAAUUAA